CCCAAGGUGCAGCCAGACAUGCUCAAUGUGCACUUGGUGGCCCACACACACAAUGAUGUGGGCUGGCUCAAGACGGUGGACCAGUACUUUUAUCCAGAGAACACCUCGUCUGAGUGUGUGGUGAACAUCUUGGACUCAGUGGUACAUGCCCUGCUGGCUGAGCCCGCCCGCCGCUUCAUCUAUGUAGAGAUGGCCUUCUUCUCUCGUUGGUGGCAACAGCAGACAAAGGCAGUGCAGGAGGCUGUGAAGGACCUGGUGCACCAGGGGCGCCUGGAAUUUGCCAACGGUGGCUGGGUGAUGAACGACGAGGCAACCACGCACUAUGGCGCCAUCAUAGACCAGAUGACACUUGGGCUGCGCUUUCUGAAGGACAUAUUCGGCAAAGAUGGGCGCCCCCAUGUGGCCUGGCACAUAGACCCCUUCGGCCACUCGCGUGAGCAGGCCUCGCUCUUUGCCCAGAUGGGCUUCGAUGGCAUCUUCUUAGGGCGCUUGGACUACCAGGAUAAGUAUAUUCGAGAAGGAGCACGGGAGAUGGAGCAGGUGUGGCGAGGCAGUGCGAGCCUUAAGCCCCCUUCUGCUGACCUUUUCACCAGUGUGCUUCCCAACCUCUACAACCCACCAGUUGGGUUAUGCUGGGAUGUGCUGUGCAGUGACCCAUCCGUGGUAGAGGAAGUUGGUGACCCUAAAUACAAUGCUGACAGCGUGGUGGAAAACUUCCUGAAUGUGACUGCUGACCAGGCCAGGCACUACCGCACCAACCACAUCAUAAUGACAAUGGGUUCGGACUUCCAUUAUAAGCAAGCCGAAAAUUGGUUCAAGAACCUUGACAAGCUCAUCCGACUGGUCAAUGCACAGCAGGCCAACGGGAGCCGAGUCCACGUUCUCUACUCCACCCCUGCUUGUUACCUCCAGGAGCUGAACAAGGCCAACCUCACCUGGUCAGUGAAACAGGACGACUUCUUCCCCUAUGCCGAUGGCCCCCACCAGUUCUGGACUGGCUACUUCACCAGCCGGCCGGCCCUCAAACGCUACGAGCGCCUCAGCUACAACUUCCUGCAGGUGUGCAACCAGCUGGAGGCACUGACGGGUCCGAUGGCUAACAAAAGACCCUUUGGCUCUGGAAACAGCAGGCGCCUCAGGGAGGCGAUGGCCGUGCUCCAGCACCACGACGCUGUCAGCGGUACCUCCAGACAGCAUGUGGCGGAUGACUACGCGCGCCAGCUUGCUGAGGGCUGGAAACGCUGUGAGGUGCUCAUUAGCAACGCCCUGACGCGGCUGACCGGCUUCAAGAAGUUCACUUUCUGUCACGAACUAAACACCAGCGUCUGCCCGCUCAGUCAGACGGCAGCUCGUUUCCAAGUCAUCGUCUACAAUCCCCUGGGGCGCCAAGUGAAUUGGAUGUUGAGGCUGCCGGUCAGAAAAGGCAAUUUCCUUGUGCUGGACCCUAGUGGACAGACCAUACCCAGCGAAGUUAUACAUCAUCCAGUUCUUAGCAGUAAAAAGCAUCCUCCAGAGCUGCUGUUCGCCGCCUCUGCACCUGCCCUGGGAUUCAACAUCUACUCUGUGACUCAAGUAGCUGAGAAGAACCCCCAGACUGGCUCCACCUUGUCAAGGCCAAAGAAGUCACGGUCUUCUGUCCUGACCAUUGAAAAUGAGCACAUGCGGGCUGUGUUCAACACCCAUAUGGGGCUCUUAAAGGAGAUUGAGAACCGGGACCAGAAGCUUGUGUUGCCUAUCCACCAGGCCUUCUUCUGGUACAAAGCCAGCGAGGACUCAGGAGCCUACGUCUUUGCACCUGAGAAACUGAAUCCACUGCCUGUGAAUCUCUCACCUGAGACACAUCUGGUGAAGACAGCCUUGGUGCAGGAGGUGCAUCAGAACUUCUCAGCCUGGUGUUCCCAAGUAGUUCGUCUAUACCCAGGACAGAGGCACCUGGAGAUGGAGUGGACAGUGGGGCCAGUACCACUAGAGAAUGACUUUGGAAAGGAAAUCAUCAGUCGCUUUGACACGAUGCUGGACACACAUGGACGUUUCUACACAGACAGCAAUGGCCGGGAGAUCUUGGAGAGGAGGAGGGAUUACCGACCCACCUGGAAUUUGAACCAGACUGACCCAGUGUCAGGAAACUACUACCCAGUCAACAGCCGCAUUUACAUCAUGGAUAGGAAUAUGCAGCUGACAGUGCUGACCGACCGCUCCCAGGGGGGCAGCAGCCCACAUGAUGGCUCCUUGGAGCUCAUGGUGCACCGGAGGCUGGGGUCAGACGAUAGAAAUGGUUUAAAUGAGGCCCUGCUGGAAACUGACUCAAAUAGGCAGGGCCUGUGGGUGCGAGGCCGACACCUUGUGCUACUGGACACCCCCCGGGCCGCUGCUGUCAGUCACCGGCUGCUGGCAGAAAAGGAGGUCCUUGCUCCGCAAGUGGUGCUGGCCGCUGCUGACAACGCCCUCUGGAGCCAAAGGGGCAUUCCACGAAGAACUUUCUCAGGGCUGCGCCGGGAGCUGCCGCCCGCUGUGCGCCUGCUCACACUCGCCCUCUGGGGCCGCAGGACUCUUCUGCUGCGCUUGGAACACCAGUUUGCUGUCGGGGAGGCCGUGGACGGCAACCUGAGCUCCCCUGUGACCUUGAACUUGAGGAACCUGUUCUCCACCUUCACUAUCACCCGCCUGAAGGAGACCACGCUGGCGGCCAACCAGCCUCAGGAUGGCGCCUCUAGGCUCCAGUGGACAUCGAACAUGGGGCCCGCCCUUCAUACCCGUGCCCCCGCCCUGGAUCCUGCUGCCAUCACACUGCGGCCCAUGGAGAUCCGCACUUUUCUGGCCUCUGUCAGAUGGAAGCAUCCUGGGAGUGGCUGGGACUCCUCCUUCAGAGCCGGAGCACCCUCCACCAUGGGCUCCAGGAACCACUGCCUCUUCAUCCUCCUGCUACUGUUGCAAUCCAGAGCCAUUAAAAUGCCACCCACAAGCCCUAGGUAG